AUGGCAGAGAAUAAUCGACUCCCACCUAUUCCAAGGACGUUGGGAGAUUACAUGACCCCAGCUCGAGUUCCGCAGAUGGCAAACAUUGUUAGACCAAACGUGGAUGCUAACAACUAUGAGCUCAAGCUGGCACUGCUGCAAUUAAUUCAAAAAGAACAGUUUGUCGGAGGAAGCACAGAAGACCCCUACAGUCAUCUAGAGAAUUUCUUGCUCUACUGUGACACCUUGAAGAUGAAUGGAGUCUCACGUGACGCCAUCUUGCUCAAACUCUUCCCAUGCUCACUAAAGGAAGAAGCAAGAGGGUGGUUGUUGUCACUGCCUCAAGGAAGCAUCACCAACUGGGAUGGAUUGGCGACCAAGUUCUUGGUUAUAUUCUUCUCAGCUUCAAAGAUGGCAAGGAUCAAAGCAGAUAUCACUUCUUUUGAACAAAAAGAAAGUGAAUCCUUGUACGAGGCAUGGGAAAGGUUCAAGGGACUGCUCAGGAAGUGUCCACAACAUGGCUUUGAAGCUUGGGAGAAAGGACGGAUUUUCUUCCAAGGAAUGACGCCUAGUACAAGAACCUUGGUGAAUGCUGCAUCAGGAGGAUCAUUGAAAACAAAAACUCCAGAGGAAGCACUAGAAUUGUUGGAAUCUUUAGCCUCUCAGGAGUUCGACAAUGCUCCAGUCACACAAAGGAGAACGGGGAUCAUGAAGCUUGACGGCUUUGAUGCAAUAUUGGCCCAGAAUGAACAAAUACUUCAAAUGAAUAAGAAACAACAAGCACAAUUAGAUGCUCUUACAAAGCAAUUUGCUAAUUCUCAAUAUGAUCAGAAGAACCAGAAUGAUCCGUGGAGGAACCAGUUUGGGAAUAACUACAAUCAAGGGUGGAAGAAUCAGAAUCAGCAUCCAGGAUUCAGUUACAAAUCCAACCAUCAGCUCAACCCUCCCCUUCCAGUGCAACCACAUCCCCCACAACAAAGUAACACCUCAGAGUGGGAGAAAGCCUUCACACAACUCUCUAAGACCACUUCAGACGAUAUUCAAGGUGCAAAUUCUUUCAGGGAGGAUACAUCUACAUUCAUGCAAGAGACCAGAUCAGCACUCUGGAAUCAAGAAGCUUCCAUAAGAAAUAUGGAAACCCAAAUUGGCCAGUUGUCAAGGCAAUUUGCUAAGAGAGCCAAGGGUACCUUCCCAGGAGACACUGUCAUUAAUCCUAGAGAGCACUGCAAUGCAAUUACCACAAGAAGUGGGAUAGUGAUUCAGCCUAUAAAUAAGCAACCUGAAGAAAAAAAGAGAGAUGUGGAGGCAUCAGUUGAAGAAGAGAAUAAAGAAAAGGCAAAGGAUACUAUUGAAGUUGACAAGAGCAAUCCUGAAAAAAUUGAAAGGAAAUUAUUUAAGUGGGAGAAGAAGAAAGCUUUAGAAAGGCAAGACAAAUCCUUAGAUCUCUCCCCAUAUGCUCGAAUCCCUUAUCCUCAGAGAUUAAAGAAAGAGAUUCAGAAGCAGCAACAUUCAAAGUUUGUAGACAUAUUCAGGAGGUUGCAGAUCAACAUUCCUUUUGCCAAAGCUUUACAGAACAUGCCCAACUAUGCAAGGUUCAUGAAGGAUCUGUUAUCAAGGAAGCGUAAGUUGCGGGAAUGUGAGACGAUAAAUCUGACAGAGGAAUGUAAUGCUAUCAUCCAAAAAAAGUUACCUACCAAAGUCAAGGAUCCAGGGAGCUUCAGCAUUCCAUGCACUAUGGGAAAAGUGGAAGUGGAUAACGUCUUAUGUGAUCUUGGAGCUAGCAUCAAUGUCAUGCCACUCUCCAUGAUGAAAAAGCUGGGGAUUACUGAAGUGAAGCCCACAAGAACAAUAGUGCAACUGGCUGACCGCUCUUCAAAGCAAGCUUACGACAUCAUUGAAGAUAUAUUGGUUAAGGUUGACAAGUUCAUAUUCAUGUUGAUUUUGUCAUCCUUGAUAUAG